AUGGAGGCCAUAGCUGAAAUCGGCGUUCCUGCAGAGACAGAGGACAUCGGGCGAUCCGUUGACAUCGGGGCAGCCGAGGUUAGCAGCUUGGGCGAGCAUGUUACCGAAACAGACUUGCUGGAGCAUAGGCUGGAGAGUGUCUGGGCGAGCGCCGCGCUGACAAGAGCAGCGGCGAUGGCGAAGCUCCUCAUGUUUGAAGACGAGGGUAUCUUGACCCGUGGAUGA